CUAACCCUAGAGAUUCAUUCUUUCCUCUCUCUUUAUCUCUCUCUCUCUCUCUCGGGUCGCCCCUCUCGUCUGCUUUUAUCCGUUGGCUUUUUUAUUGUUAAUUUCAAGAAAGUUUCACUUAUCGUUCAUUUUUUCAUCUUCAAUCCUCCGUCGGACCGGUACAGGAAAGCGCAGACCACCGUCGAGGCUUCUCCGCCACUAUGGCUUUACUGCUGUCAGAGAUAAUUGCCCACAACCACCAAAUCAAAUAUCAGUGAACUAUCUGGUUCAUGCAAUGGAUCUAUCAGAUGCAGUCAUAGUCAAAUCCAGCAGAUUAAAAUCUGUGGUGUGGAAUGACUUUGACAGGGUGAAGAAAGGAGACACAUUUGUUGCUAUUUGUAGGCAUUGUAAGAAAAAACUUAGCGGAUCAAGUAGUAGUGGAACGUCUCAUUUGAGGAACCAUUUAAUUAGGUGUCAGAGAAGAUCUAACCAUGGUAUUACUCAGUUUCUUUCAGCAAGAGAAAAGAAAAAGGAAGGAACCCUUGCUCUUGCCAAUGUAAAUGUUGAUCAGGAGCAAAGAAGGGAUGAACCACUUGUCAUUGUGAAUUAUAAAUUUGAGCAAGGGCAGUUAAAAGAUGAUGAUGGUAGCGUAGCAAGUGGUAACUUGGAUCAAAGGCGGAGCCAAUUUGAUAUUGCUCGCAUGAUUAUUUUACAUGGGUAUCCUGUUCAAAUGGUUGAGCAUGUUGGAUUUAGGGUUUUUGUUAAGAACCUACAACCAUUGUUUGAGCUUGUAACAACUGACACUGUGGAGGCUGACUGUAUGGAUAUUUAUAUACAAGAGAAACAAAAGGUUUAUGAAGUACUGGAUAAAUUACCUGGCAAGAUCAGCCUGAGUGCCAAUUCAUGGUCUGCUUCUGAUGAUGCUGAGUAUUUGUGUUUAACAGCACACUACAUUGAUGAAACUUGGCAAUUAAAGAAGAAAUUAUUGAAUUUUGUCUUGGUUGAUCCAACUCAUACAGGAGACAUGCAUUCAGAAGUUAUCAUGACAUGUCUGAUGGACUGGGAUAUAGAUCGUAAGCUGUUUUCAAUGACAUUUGAUAGUCAUUCUGCCAAUGACAAUGUUGUCCAUAGAAUCAGAGACCGGCUGUCUCAGAACAGGUUCCUCUUCUGUAAUGGUAUGUUAUUUGAUAUACGCUGUGCUGCAAGUCUUCUCAGGUUGAUGGUUCAUGAUUUGCUGGAGGUGUUUUCUGAGGUGACGCACAAAAUUCGGGAAAGCAUUCGUUAUGUUAGAAGUUCACAUGUUACUCUGAUGAAGUUCAAUGAGAUUGCCUCACAAGGUGGAGUUGAGAGUCAGAAGUGCUUAUGUCUUGACAAUCCAUCACGAUGGGACUCUACAUAUUUUAUGCUUGAAGUUUCCUUGGAGUACAGGUGGGCAUUUUCUCUUCUUCAAGAACAAGACUCUGCCUAUUCAAUGUGUCCAACUGAUUUGGAGUGGGAGAGGGUGACAACAAUUACAAGCUAUUUGAAGCACUUUGUUGAAGUCGCUAACGUUUUUGUAAAGAACAAGUAUCCAACUGCAAAUAUAUAUUUUUCUGAGAUCUGUGAUAUUCACUUGCACUUAAUUGAAUGGUGCAAGAAUUCAGAUGAUUGCAUUAGUUCUAUGGCAUUAAAGAUGAAAAACAGGUUUGAUGAAUAUUGGGAAAAAUGCAGUUUUGCCUUAGCAGUUGCAGCAAUGUUAGAUCCUCGAUUCAAGAUAAAAUUGAUCGAGUAUUACUAUCAACAGAUAUUUGGUAGUGGUUCUGCAGAGUUAAUUGAUGAGGUUUUUGAGUAUAUAAAGGCACUGUACAAUGAACAUUCGAUUGGCUCUCCAUUAGCUUCUCUUGACCAAGGUCUGACUUGCCAAGUUAGUGGCAGCAUUGGAUGCUUACCAAGUUCUGAGCGGGACAGUAAAGAUAGACUGAUGGGAUUUGAUAAAUUCCUCCAUGAAACUUCCCAGAGUCAAGGUACGAAAUCAGAUUUGGACAAGUACCUUGAAGAACCACUCUUUCCUCGCAGUGUUGAUUUCAACAUAUUAAAUUGGUGGAAAGUUCAUACACCCAGGUAUCCUAUCCUAGCUAUGAUGGCACGGAAUAUUCUGGGAAUUCCCAUGUCUAAAGUUACACCAGAAUUUGCUUUUAACAAUGGGGGGAGGGUGCUGGAUCGUGAAUGGAGUUCUCUGCGACCAACUACUGUGCAAGCUUUGAUGUGUUCACAAGAUUGGAUGGGUGAAGUAGAAAAAUGAUACAUUUUCAUAUGAUAUUCCGAUAAGUCUAUCUGGAUAUUCUCUGUCUAUAUAAUUCCUUUCCCGGUCUGAUUAACCAUUCACCCACCAAGCUUUUUGGCAGAUUAGCAACUCAACUUUACUCAACCCAUUGUUAAUCUCUCUAUACUUGAUAUUAUCAAUUGCUUUAUGUUAAUACCGGCAGUAUUCUCUAUAUUUCAUGAGAAUUGGUGGAUAAUUUUGAUGUGAUUAUAUUAUGAGAUAUGCUGCAAGGACACUGCAUCAUAAUUACUAUGCUGUAAUGGUUCUACAGUUUCUGGAUUGA